GGCGGUCGUCUUCCAAGGCAGAGCAAAGCAUCGGUUGCAUUUAUCUUCGUUGGUUGCUCAAGAUGCUAGGCGACAUAACUUGCCUCCUACUCAGUACUCACCCCGGGUCUCUCCGAUAAUCCAGCGUUGACCAACUAGCAAGGGGACCCUGUGGGGGACGACGACCGAUUGAGAUCCACUGCAGGCCUCGAGAAACCAGCCUUGGAUAGUCAAUGUCUUUGCAGUGGUCGCCAGUUCGCCAAUUCGGAUCCACCGCUCGGUUGGCAUUGAUAAUUCGCCCGUCUAAAUUUCUUAUAGUUAUCGCCGGCGUGCCUUAUCACGGGCUUCCCCUCCACGGCCCAAAAAAGUUGACGUUCCCCACGGCACAUCCCCGACCGAUGAUAAAUCCGCUACUUCAGCCACUUCAUCAUCAACCCAAUAAUUAGAACCGAAGACAAAUCCAGAGUCCCUGUGGCUGUCAUUCUCAACCAUGCGGGACUCGACCUCUCCCACUCCUGACCCGGACCAUGCAUCCGAGGGCAACAACCAGAACCAUGCGCCUGGUAGCAAGUGGAAAGUCAAGUCGCUUGUGAGGCAGGCCGAAAGAUCGCAUCGUCGAUUGCCGGGAAUCAGAAAGGUCCCUUUGCCUGCGAUCGUCAUUAUUCUAUUCAUUGCGUUGAUCAAUGUUGUCGUGUGGGUUGCUGCUGCAAUUGUCUUGCGUUAUCACCCAGCCUUGGUGUCCAAUGCUGUGCUGUCCUAUACUCUGGGGUUAAGACAUGCUUUUGAUGCGGAUCACAUCUCGGCCAUCGAUUUGAUGACCAGAAGAUUAUUGGCAACGGGCCAAAAGCCCGUCACUGUAGGAACUUUCUUCUCUCUUGGUCAUUCAACCAUUGUUAUUAUCACGUCCAUUGUGGUAGCAGCUACUGCUGCAGCUAUAUCCUCACGGUUUGACAGUUUUAGUACUAUUGGUGGCAUCAUCGGCACCUCAGUCAGCGCUGCUUUCUUGAUCUUGCUGGGCCUUAUGAAUGCAUACAUCCUAUACAAACUGUACAAACAGCUACAGAAGGUCAUAGACCUCCCAGAAGGACAAGAAGAUGAAAUUUGGAAGAUCGAAGGCGGCGGCUUGCUAUUUUCGGUGCUGAAGCGCAUGUUCAAACUCAUUGAUCGCCCUUGGAAAAUGUAUCCCCUUGGCAUAUUGUUUGGCCUUGGAUUUGACACAUCCUCUGAAAUUGCUCUUCUUGGUAUCUCGUCUGUCGAGGCUGCCAAAGGCACUAACUUUUGGGUCAUCUUGAUUUUCCCGGCACUAUUCACCGCUGGAAUGUGUCUCCUCGAUACCACUGACGGAGCCCUGAUGCUCUCUCUUUACGUACAGCCAUCGGCCAACUUCCUCCCACCAAAGAGUGAUAACUCCUCUACGGCACCACUGAUUGAUGAAGACCAAGAGGUCGAGCCAUCCAAGAACCACCGGGACCCGGUGGCAUUCUUGUACUACUCCAUUGUCUUGACGUGCUUAACGGUCAUGGUGGCAAUCGUCAUUGGCGUGAUCCAGCUGCUCACCCUCGUUCUGAACGUUGCUAACCCUACGGGGAAAUUCUGGGAUGGCGUACAGGUGGCAGGAGACUACUACGACGCCAUUGGUGGCGGCAUCUGUGGCUGCUUUAUCAUCAUUGGUGGUCUUAGUGUGGUUGUGUACAAGCCUUGGAGAAGAUGGAUUGCCAGGAGACAUGGCAAAACGAUUGUUACUGAUGUAGAAGGCUAUCGGGAUGAACCAGCCACUACAACACCUGACACGCCUAUUCUCGACGAAGAAAGAGACGACACACCUUCGAUCAGCUAUGUUGCUGACAACGGUGCACUGCCUCUACACUAUACAUGGGUAUCCAAUCCCAGUUUUUCAUCAUGCCCACCUGUCUUCGUCCUCCCGACUCACCUCAACCUGGAAUCGCUACACGAGAUAGAAGAGAGUCUGAUCAAACGAGACGCACGUCUAACCUACGAUAUAUCUGAAGCCAGGCUAGUCCUCGGGAAAAUCGGACAAGACAGACGAGCAGCUUUGGAACUGCGAUCUCGUGGAAUCUGGACUGAACCGAUCAGCAAGCCUGAACCCCCAAGGAAGCGACGUCGUGUCAAUGCGCAUAAAUCAGAGCCUGUAGGACAGGCAGACAUUAUCGACCUCAGUACAGAGACUGAAGAUGAAGAAGACGGCAUGAGAAGUCGACAUGAACUCUCGCGACAUCUCACUCAACCAGGAUCCACCACUAUCAACCCAUCGAACGCAUCAUCCAUCUCUUCUUCCGUGGCACAACCAGACACAAUCAGCGUCGUCAAACUAGACUGGCUGGACCAAUGCCUCAAGGCCCAGGAACUCCUCCCCAUCGACCCAUAUACAGUAUAUCUCGCCCGCCGAGUCACACUUCCUGCAGAAACCCCCAAACCAACCACCAUAUCAAGCGACAUCCUCCAACGAGCAAAGCAAGAUGCCGCAUCACGACCACCCACUCCUCCAAUCCGACACCAUCACCCCCGUACUCACGACUCUGCUCGCAACCCCCCGAAACUCUACCGAACCACCACCUCGGAGAACGACGAAACCGUCCCUCUCCCUCCAGCCCCAGACUGGGUAAAAAACCACGUCCUCUACGCCUGCCUCCGCUCCACCCCCCUCCACCCCCCCAACGAACCCUUCAUCAACCAACUCCUCAAAAUCCGGCAAAUCCGCGAACUUACCCUUGACGAGAUCGGCGUCCGCGCGUACAGUACCUCCAUCGCCUCCAUCGCCGCCUACCCCUACGAAUUCCGGCGCCCAUCCGAAAUCCUCUCCCUCCCCGGCUGCGACACCAAAAUCGCCAACCUCUUCCACGAAUACCAACACAGCCCAACAGGCACCCUCUCCGCCGCCACUCCCCUCUCCACCGACCCCACCCUUCAAAUCCUCCACACCUUCUACAACAUCUGGGGAGUAGGCGCCAAAACGGCCCGGGAAUUCCACUACUCCCGCCACUGGACCACCCUGGACGACAUCAUCGAACACGGCUGGUCGAGCCUCACCCGCGUGCAACAAAUCGGGGUCAAAUACUACGACGAAUUCCUAUCCGGGAUCCCUCGCCCAGAAGUCCAACAAAUCGCACACAUCGUAACCCACCACGCCAACCUCGCCCGCCCAACCCCCAAACAGGACAUCCAAUGCAUAAUCACCGGCGGCUACCGUCGAGGCAAGACCCUCUGCGGCGACGUCGACCUCAUCCUCACCCACCCGGACGAAAAGGUUACCAAAAACCUCAUCAUCGACGUAGUCGCAGCCCUCGAAUCCACCGGCUGGAUCACCCACACCCUCGCCCUCCAUCUCAUGAAUUCCCAGCGUGAUCAACAAACCCUCCCCUACAGAGCAAGUCACAGCACCACCGACUCCUCCCCAUCCUCCUCCUCCACGAUGAAAAGCUUCGACACACUAGACAAAGCCCUCGUCGUCUGGCAAGACCCAAACUUCAACGACCCUACCCCAACAUCACCAACAGAAUCCCCCCACCAAAGAACCAAACGAAACCCCAAUCCCCAUCGCCGCGUCGACAUCAUAAUCUCCCCCUGGCGAACCAUCGGAUGUGCUGUGCUCGGUUGGUCAGGCGAUAAGACCUUCGAGCGGGAUCUGAGACGAUAUGUGAAGAAGACUCGUGGAUGGAAGUUCGAUUCGAGUGGUGUUAGGGAGAGGAGUUCUGGGGGGAGGGUGGUAGACUUGGAGAGUGAGGGGGCUACUUGGGAGGAGAGGGAAAGGUUGGUUAUGGAGGGGUUGGGGAUUGGGUGGAGGGGGGCUGGGGAGAGAUGUACUCGUUGA